AUGGCCGCCUCGGCCCGCGUCGUCCUCCCGCCCGUCGGACAUGGGGAAAAGCACGGAAAUGAUGGGUACAGCAACAAUACCCAGGGGCAAAAGGGAAGGAGGAAACACACUACGUCGUUGAGUCAUAAUGCGAAACAAAGCGGCGCCGACAACGUGGCUCACAGUCUCCAUCUCGACAUCAUGAAGGGGGGAGAGACCCAUGGGAUCUCGCUCACCGCACAUCUCAGUCAUCGCCAGCAAAGCAUCCAUCCCCACCCCCGAUGUGGGCAGACGGUGAUUCUGGUUCCCCCGAGCAACCGUAUGAAGCUGGAUUCCCGCCUUUUCUCGACCGUCUCCCCGAGUCGACGUGACGUUCCGUCGGACGGAAAAAGUUUUCCCGCACAAAGUCCAGCAAAGGCGCGGCUGUGGAGCAGCAACGGAAUAUCGCGAAAAAAGAUGACUCGCCCUAUUCUCAGGGUCAGUACUGGAUUCGUCAACAUCUGGAAGCCUAGUAGGAGCGCUUCGGUCAGCAAAAUAGUGCCCAAUGUCUUCCUUCACCUGGAUCUCGAUGAGUCACAGCCAAAAAAUGGGCAUUCAGCAAGAUCCGGCGGACUUCAAACUCCCCCUUUUGGACCAGAUGCUACCGAAUCAACUACGAUGGGGCUUCUUGUUUCACCGUCUUUGCAUUGCAUGGACCGUAUCGACAUGCGGCUAUCCGCAUCUCCCAGGGACGAUGCAGUCCGGCGCAGGAGCGUUUGA